GGGUAUAUAGUUUGGUCACACUAACUUGAGUUUUUGUUUACUUUUUUGUGGUUGUUUACAUUUGGCUUUUGUGGAAUUGUCCGAUAUGUUGCAACAAUUCCCGGCAAAUGCUACUGUAGAGAAUCCCCGAUAUGGGCAACUCGUCAUCGGGCCUCCUGGUUCAGGUAAAACCACCUACUGCGGGGAGGCCCUUAAGUUCUACCGCGAGCUGGGUAGGCAAGUUUGCGUCGUGAAUCUGGACCCGGCAAACGAAAACAUGGCAUACGAGCCGGUGCUUAACGUAAUGGAGCUAAUCACCGUAGAGGACUGUAUGGAGCAUCUGCAGCUGGGACCGAACGGAGCACUCAUGCACUGCGCCGAGUUUCUGGCGGAGCACCUGGAGGACUGGUUACUGCCAGCCCUACACAAGCUGAGUCGCAGUUACAAUUAUUUCCUGUUUGAUUGCCCCGGCCAGAUAGAGCUGUACACACAUCACAGAGCUAUGGCCCAAGUGUUCGAGCGCCUGGAACGGGAGCGGUACAAUCUGGUCACCGUGAACCUGAUCGACUCACACUAUUGCUCGGAGCCGGCUAAAUUUAUUGCCACGCUGCUUAUGGCCCUAAACACCAUGUUGCGCAUGAGCUUGCCGCACGUAAACGUUCUAUCUAAAGCGGACACGCUACGAAAGCAUGAGACUAAGCUACAUUUCAACGUGGACUACUACACGGAUGUACUGGACCUGAAAUACUUGUUGGAAAAACUGGACGACGACCCGACGAUGCGAAAAUUCCAAAAGCUAAACGAGGCAAUUUGUACAAUGGUGGAGGACUACGCUCUAGUGUCCUUCCAGCUAUUGGACGUUUUCAGCACUCAUAGCAUGCUCCGUCUUCGGAACCACAUAGACAAGGCCAAUGGUUAUAUCUACAAAGCGGGCGAGGAACAGACUGUGAAUUCGCUCAUGGCCUGUGCAGUUGGGGCGGAGGCAGAAGCAAUUCGCCAGCAGAACGACGUCCAGCCCUAUGUUGAGUAAUUUAAUUUUAAUUUUUGUUAGGAGGGAUUUGGCUCCUUUUAAAAUCAGCAAGACAAAUCAAAUACGUAGGUAGAUAAGGAGGAUCCUGUUUACGGUCGUAGUUAUUAAUAAAAUAUUCGGUCGUCAUGCCGAUGCAAAUAUUGAAUAUUGAAAUAAUGCAUAAAAUGUGUCAAUUAUAAUUCCUGAAAAUGUGUCAGCUAUUUUUACCUGAAAAGACUCGCUUGAAUCAUUUUAGUUUCUCUAAUUUAGAGUAAUUAUGUUUUCCGCAAUUGCAAUGACUAAUCAUUUAAAAUUUAUGAUUGAAAUAUUUUCUCAAAGUGCGAGUUUUUAAUAGCAAUACCGUUAAAAUUUAUAAACGAAA